UCCAGCCACUGCUGUGACGCAGUGGCCAUCAUGGCGGCGUGAAUUGUAAACAGUACGGCACGUUGUUGGGAUUAAUUUACUAAUUACUCAGCCAAUUAACCAAUUUUCAGAAUAUAUUUUGUGUUUUAGUGACUGUAAUGUGUUAGUCUCCAAAUGGCGUGGUCGAAAUCCAGCGGUGCGCGUGUGAUUUUCAACAAGUGCGUGCAACAUGAACUCUAACAAAUCGUCUCAGUUUGUCAGCAACCUGUCCAAGCCGCUGCUUUUGAGGGUAUUGCGAUUGAACUACCACGAAGACGUCGACGAAAAUUCUUCGAUCGAGGAACUGCGCGAAUUGUUGCAAAGGAAAUUAACCCCGAUUGUUAGUUCUGAGCCUCAACUCGAGUCGGAGCCAGAGCCCCAAGUUGACGUGAGCUCCGGUGACGUCACUCCGGUACAAGAAAGUUCGGGCGCGAAGAAAGUUUUGAAACGACCCACCAUGGGUGACGAUAUUAAGUACAGACUUAAUGUCGACGAUUGGGACACGUUUGUAGAGCGCAUGGAGCUAUACUUUGAUGUCAACGAUACGCCGGAAGAGAAAUGGGUGGCCGAAAUCCUCACCAGGGUCAACGAGGACUCCUUCAAGAUGAUAAAGAACCUGGCCCUCCCCCGGAAGCCGAAGGACCUAUCGUUCGAGGAGCUCGUGCAACUCGUCUCGAGCCACCUCAACCCCAAACCCUCCCAACAGGCGGAACGGUUCAAGUUCAGCAAGGCGCGGCAGUACCCCAACGAGCCCGUCAACAAGUUCGUCGCGCGGCUCAAGAACCUCUCCCUCAACUGCAACUUCGACAACCUGGAGGAGUCCCUGAAGGACCAGUUCGUGAACGGAGUCAAGUCCGACGAGAUCCGCGCCGAGUGCUUCCAGAAGAGCGACCUGACGUUCCAGGAGGCGGUGGAGAUGGCCAACUCGCGGGAGCAGGCCGUCGGGGUCGCCGGCGGCGGGAGGGGAGGUUGGCGCGGUCGCGGAGGUCAGCGCGGAGGCGGCCGCGGUGGAGCUCAGGGUGAUCGCGGUGGUCACAGCGACCGUGGCGCCUCUAGGGGCCGAGGUAAUCAUCACCAGGGACAAGCGAAGAAGGAACAGUCGACUCCACAACCACAACCACAGCCCAACGUAACCAUCAAUGUCGUCGCGCAGAAUAAGGGCGACGGGAAGGGCACCCAGAAACGAGGGGGAGGACAGGCAGGACAAGGGGGUAAUCAGGGAGGACCAGGUGGUAGUCAGGGAGGACAGGGAGGUAAGCAGGGUGGACGAGGAGGUAAACAGGGAGGACGAGGGGGUAAUCAGGGUGGACGAGGAGGCGGAGGGGGCGGACCCCCGCGGGGUGGAGGACGAGGAGGUGGUGCAGCUGGUGGAUCUGGUGGACCUAGUGGAGCUGGUGGAGUCCUCCUUGGCCUCCUUGACCUCGUUACCCAAGUAGCGGAGAAUGCUGCUAAAUCGAAGCCUAAACCCAAGGAUAAGAAGGCCAAGGAUGAUAAGUCUUGGGUUGUAGUUAAUAAGUAGAGGGUAGUUUUUGCCUAAUUUCGAUGUAUUUAUGAUGAAGGAGACCGUGCGCGAAUGAGUUUAGUGAAAAGGGAACGUAUGUGCAUAGGAUUUAAAUGUUUUAUACGUCCUUUUUGUUCAAUUCGUUUGUAUGUAGUUACUUCUAGCAUAAAUAUGGAUAUUCGUCUACAAUCAUCACGCUGAUCAUCACUGAUGACAAGCAUCACCGAUGCUUAUCGUCGGGGCAAAACCGCAUCAAUAUUCAUACUAAUCGUCGACGAAAAGAACCAGAAAAUGUUUUUUCAGAAAAAGUUUCCCUCUCAAUUUUUUAGUAAAACACUGCUUAUUUUGAUCGCAAGUUUUUUUAAAGUUUUGUAAGGGGUUUUUUAGAGUUUUUUUAGGGGUGCCUUUCAAGGGUCCGGAUAAAGUUAUCACACGAACUUGUAAUUACGCCUGAUAGAUUAAAUUGCAUGUGCAAACAUUGCUGUAAAACAUUAAUCGUAUUCCUUAACUCGCCCCAAUUAUGUACAUUCGUCAACGUCUUUUUUUUCGAACACGCCGAAAAUAAUUAUUCUUAGGUCGAGGUGUGAGACCCUCAACUAGUAGAUGGAUUUUUUUUAUUUUCUUAUUGUUCGAAAACUUGGUCAUUUCAUUCGUGAACUAGGAAGCAUUGUAAGGAGUAUCAUGCGAUUCUUAGGAUAGCGUAUAAGGUGACCAGAUCCUUUCCCAUUCAACCCCUCAUUUUCAAAGUUACGUCCGGUCAUCUUUUUUUUUAUUUUGUAAUAUUCGUAAUAUUUUUGUUUUAUUAUGUUUUUAUAUGUGUUCCAAUUUAAUAUGUAAGUGAUACUAACCGCGUAAGUAAGACAUCCCUUCCGUCUCCUUCAGACCUUUUUCAGUCAACAAAAAUUUUAUAUUUGUAAACGAGUGCCACAAUUAUAAAACUGAUGCUAAAAACAAAUUCAUGUAUUUUACAAGUUAAAUUUCUUGAGAGAGCGAAAAAUAUUCUUGCAAUUACUACAAGUGAAAACUCGGUUUGUUUUUAAGGAUGGCCAAAAAUUAUCUAAGUAAUGCUAUAUUAGACGAAUUCUUUUAGAGACCAUAGCCAAGUAUAGGUAUUGGUAAUUUGUGGGCCUUGUUUUAGCCUAGUUGUUGUAUUAUAUUCCUAUAAUUUUGAUACUUUUAAUUUUUUUACAUCGUGUUUUUUUUCUCAUCUUUCUUCUUACUACUGAUGCAGGUUCUCUUUUUGCGCAAUUACAAGCAUAAUACAAAGACACUAAGUACCGUAUCCUCAGAAGUAUGUGAAGUCGAACAUCCUAUGAAUACAUUGUGAGAAAAUUCGUGGAUACUAAGUAGCCUUGAUCUAGUUUUUGUUAUUAUUUUUAUUUGAUUAAACUUCCUUGUCGAUAUAUUUUUUCAAUUCAUGUUAAUAAAUUAACUUUUAUGAAAGAAAA